AUAAUUAUAUACUUCCACUUCCCUUGGACAACAAAAGUUUUCCGUUUGAGAAAUCAGCAACAAUGAAGAUGAGCAGUACGCAAGGUCCACACUCUCUGGCCUUUCGGGUAAUGAGACUCUGCCGUCCUUCGCUUCACGUCGAAAUUCCGGUCAGAUUUGAUCCUUCCGAUCUGUUGUUCGGUGAAGAUCUCUUCGAUGAUCCCGUUGCCGCUUCUCAUCUCCCUCGACUCCUCGCUGACACAGUCUCCGACGGAACUACUACCUCUGCGGCUGAUCCAUCGGAUCUCUCUUACCGGAAUAGAUUCCUUCUUCAGCAUCCUUCUGAUUCUCUUGGCCUCCCUGGUCUCCUCCUGCUACCUCAGUCCUUUGGGGCAAUAUAUUUGGGAGAGACGUUCUGCAGUUAUAUAAGCAUAAAUAACAGCUCCAAUUUUGAAGUUAGAGAUGUUACCAUCAAGGCUGAAAUCCAAACAGAGAGGCAGAGGAUACUUCUUUUAGAUACUUCUAAAUCACCUGUUGAGUCAAUACGUGCUGGAGGUAGAUAUGACUUCAUCGUGGAACAUGAUGUGAAAGAACUUGGUGCACACACGUUGGUCUGCACUGCUCUUUAUAAUGACAACGAUGGUGAGCGGAAAUAUCUUCCACAAUAUUUCAAAUUUAUGGUUGCGAAUCCACUUUCUGUUAGAACAAAGGUCCGCGUUGUUAAGGAAACCACUUUUUUGGAGGCUAGCAUAGAGAAUCAUACAAAAUCUAAUCUCUAUAUGGACCAAGUUGAUUUUGAGCCAGCUCAGAAUUGGAAUGCUACAGUACUAAGAGGUGUUGAUCACCAUCCAGAGAGCAAACAACCAAUGAGUGAUGUAUUUAAGCCUCCUAUUCUCUUAAAAUCUGGGGGCGGGAUCCAUAAUUUCCUCUACCAAUUGAAGUUAUCAUCAGAUGGCUCUCCACUGCCGAAGGUGGAGGGAAGUAAUGUCUUGGGAAAACUUCAGAUAACUUGGCGGACAAAUUUGGGUGAACCCGGACGCCUUCAGACACAACAAAUUCUUGGAAGUUCCAUUGCUCAAAAAGACAUUGAACUAAGAGCGGUGGAAGUGCCAUCGAUUAUCAUGCUGGAGAAACCUUUCAUGGUACGUCUGAAUCUUACAAAUCAGACAGACAGGGUGCUGGGGCCUUUUGAAGUUUGGGUGUCACAAAGUGACUCACUUGAUGAGAAGGCUAUCAUGGUUAAUGGUCUUCUAACAAUGCAUUUGGCACAGGUGGAAGCAUUUAGCUCUUCAGAAUUAGAGUUGAAUCUGAUUGCUGUGAAGCAUGGGGUACAGAAAAUCACAGGCAUUACAGUGUUCGACACACGCGAGAAGAAAACAUAUGAUUCUUUACUGGAAUUGGAGGUAUUUGUCGAUUCACAGUAGGUAUUUGAGCCAGACAUCGUUACAAAGUAAUAGGGACGUUGAUCUGACUGAUGAUCGGAGUUGGUACUUUUACAGCUCAGAACAUCACAGUUAAGAUCUAGAGUACAUCUCCAAAUGCCAAACAACGAGACAGGUACUUGCCUGUUCAAUAGCCUCAAUGGUUCUUGGCAUUCAUCCAGAGGAUCUUUAAACGAUUAACUUGUGUUUUUAUCGAUCGAUCGACAGUGUACACUAAUCAUGCACCUGUUAUUUUCUCAGUGUAGUUUUGUGCCUUUCCUCUACCAAUUGUGCUAAAAUAUUGGGGAAGUUCAUGUUUUCAUUUUUUUCUUUCUUACAUGAAGAGAGUUUUGACACUUGAUGUUA